AUGGGGCGACGCGGACGCGAAGAACGCGGAAGCUCCGGCGAGGCGGUCACGAAGGUGCGCAAUGAGACAGACGCCGCGGGCAGUUGGAGUUGGCGCGCAGUGCUCGAGCGCCUCCACUUGUGCCUCGACAGCGACACAGCGCCAGACGCGCUCGCGUGGCUCGACAACGGCACGCACUUUUACGUGGCGCAGACACGAGAGGACCGCGUGGCAGCGGCGCUUGGGCUGCGCGUGUGCUCGCUGCAGCAGGUGCUCGCGGCCUGGAGCUUUGACUGCCACGACGAAGAGCGCGCGCGGGACUGCUACACAGUGUAUCACCACAGCUGCUUUGUCCGCGGCGAUCCCCAGCAGAUCGACCACAUUGUAUCACCACUUGUCGCUCCCGACCUGUCCUUCGUCCGACGUCCACACACAGAGAAAGACGUGACUAUGCCCCGUGUCACGUACAGCGCAGCCCUUCGGCCGCUCGAAGUGCGUCUGCGUCUCUCGAGCACACACGCGACGACGUCUCCGUCGUGGCGCGUCACGAUCGCACCGCCCACUGUGCUGCUCUGCUCGACCGUUGACGCUGCAGACGCGUGGGCGCAUGGCCGUCACGAGAGUGUGGCCGACUUUCUGUGUGACAGCAGCAGAGCAAGCGGCGGCGCGUCGUGGGGUGACGCGGGCGACGACGCGGGCCACGCGAGCGACCACGACAUGGACUCGCCACUGUGGUGGUCCCAGCAGAGCGACUUUUCCAGUAUCUGCACCGACGACCUGUCGGAUGUGGAUACGCUGUCGCAACUCAGCGCGUUCUACGGCUAA